AUGAAGCUCUUAACGGUUCUUCUUGCUACUGUAACGUUAUGUGCUGGAAGCGCUGUUCCUUUGGUGCCAGGAGACAACAGCCACUAUGUUGAAGGAGUAAGCCGCUACAUUUGGAUGCCAAAUGGAGAGAGUGAACCUAAGCUGGUAGAUCUUCAGGCCCCAGCAGAUCAAAUAGAGUUGUUUAAUACUAGAAAUGGCGCCAACAACGAGUAUUGGCUCUAUACCAGAAACAACCCAACCAGUCGUCAAGUUUUGGUCCAUGGUAACAUUAAUACCGUACAUAGCUCGAACUACCGAGCUAAUAGACCUACCAAAGUUAUUGUCCACGGGUGGAACAGCAAUGGCAACAGUGAAAUGAACCCGUUGAUCACCUCCGCUUUCCUGGCUGUUCAAGACGUCAAUGUGAUCGUUUUAGACUGGAACCGUCUUGCUAACAGUUUAUAUUCAACGGCAGUGCGCGGUGUACCCGAUGUUGGAAAUCAUCUAGGAAACUUCUUAAUUUGGCUCUUCAAUAACGCCGGUGGUAACUGGAAUCAGCUACACUUGGUGGGAUUCAGUUUAGGCGCCCAUAUCGUUGGCAAUGCUGGUCGUACUGUCGGAGGUCGUGCUAUGCGUAUAACAGGUCUAGAUCCUGCAGGCCCACAGUGGGGUGGUAACUCCAACGCACUCAAUCGUAAUUCUGGUAUAUACGUUGAAUCAAUCCACACCGAUGGUGGUCUUCUGGGUAUUUUCGAUCCCAUCUCUGACGCUGAUUUCUAUCCCAAUGGAGGUAGAAACCCACAACCUGGCUGCCUUAUAAGCACCUGUUCCCACAGCCGUGCCCCUCAACUUUUCGCUGCCAGUAUAAGAUUUAACCACUUUAUUGGGAGACAGUGUGCUAAUCUUAAUGAAGCUCAACUUAACAACUGCGGUGGUAACCAACUUCGUAUGGGUAACGCUGACUUAGGAAAACGAGGAGCCGGAUUCUUCGGUUUGAGAACUGGAAACAACUGGCCUUUCUAAAUUGGAAAUCAAUCUCU